AUGAGCCCCAUAUUCAGUAAGACCAUCUUCAAUGAGCUGCGUCGGGAGGGGACGCUGUGCGACGCCGUGAUCAGAGUCGAUGGCGUCAGCUUUAAGAUCCACAGGAUCGUCCUCUGCAACAGCAGCAUGUUCUUCAGAGAACUCUUCUGCAGUUUAUCUCCACCAUCAGAGCAUCAGGUCUUCAGCUUCUCCCAGGUAUCACCCAUCAUCAUGAGCCUCAUCCUGGACUUCAUCUACACCGGCUCCGUGCUGGUGACUGAGGAGAACGUUCUGGAGCUGUUGGCCGGAGCAGAGUGCUUCUCCGUCCAGGGCGCCGUGAAUGCCUGCUGCCACUUCCUGGAGCAGCGGCUCAACAUCAAGAACUGCGUCCACAUCUGGAUGUUGGCGGAGUUCCACAAAUGUCCCAAGCUGAGGCAGAAGGCCUACCUGUACGUGCUGCAUCACUUCAAGGAGGUGGCAGGCUUCUCUGUGAAGUUCCUGCAGCUCUCCGUGCAGCAGCUGGGAGACUUAAUCGAGCAGGACGAGCUAAAUGUGAAACAGGAGAGCACCGUGUUCGAGGCGGUGCAGCACUGGAUCAACUACGCUCCGCAGGAACGCCAGGGUCACAUGGCCACGCUGCUGAGCAAGGUGCGCCUGCUGUUUUUGCCCAGUAAUUACCUGGUGGAAACUGUAAUUAACACCGAUGUGGUGAGGAAGAGUGUGUCGUGCAUGACGUUGGUGAUCGACGCCAUGCGGACCCUGCGAGAGUCCAACUUGGAGAGACCUUUGACACGGGCCCGCCUCCCCUCUGCGGUGCUUAUGACCAUCGGUGGCAGCGAGAGAGAAUCUUUAACAGACAGGAUGGACUUCUACGAUGUCCGAGCCAACUGCUGGUUGGCCAUGGAGAGCAGAGAAAAGGCCCUUCGAGUUUUGCACGGUUGCGUUUUCCUCAAUGGAUUCAUCUACUGUAUCGGAGGAACUGACCUGCUUAACAUUUUGAGCAGUGUACAAAGGUUCGACCUCGUCAGCCACAACUGGCAGGAGCUGGUGCCCAUUCACAAACCCCGAAAGUGUGUCAGUGCGGUGGCUCUGAACGGGUGCAUAUACGCCAUCGGAGGGACUGACGGAAGCGAACAGAAACUUGCAGAGCGGUUCCAACCAGAGGACAACCGGUGGGUUAUGAUAGCACCGAUGCUCGAGUGCAGGAGUGACGCCUGCGCCGUGGCGCUAGACGGCAAGGUAGGAGGAGCUGAGGACUUUAACGGUGCCAUAGAAAGCAUCUGGUGUUUUAAAUUGUUCUCUGAUGUCUACAAAGAAGGUAUAUAUUUUUAG